AUGGAGCGAAUAGGUGCUCAUUCGCACAUUCGAGGUCUUGGUCUUGAUGAUUCACUGGAACCUCGGCAAGUUGCACAGGGAAUGGUGGGUCAAGUUAAAGCCCGUAAGGCAGCUGGAGUAAUCUUACAAAUGAUUAAAGAAGGUAAAAUCGCGGGUCGUGCCAUUCUUAUGGCUGGUCCACCAGGAACUGGCAAAACUGCUAUUGCAAUGGGGAUGGCACAAGCUUUGGGCAAGGACAUACCUUUUACGAUGAUUGCUGCUUCUGAAAUUUUUUCUCUUGAAAUGUCGAAGACUGAAGCUCUUACACAAGCUUUCAGACGUUCAAUUGGGGUACGAAUAAAGGAGGAAGCCGAAAUUAUUGAAGGCGAAGUCGUUGAAGUCCAAAUAGAUCGAUCGAUCACGGGGGGUAAUAAAACUGGCAAGAUUACCCUCAAGACAACUGAUAUGGAAACAAUAUUUGAACUGGGGCAUAAAAUGAUAGAUGUAUUGAACAAAGAGAAGCGUCCGGAAAAAUCUCUAAAUUGGGUAGAUCGUUUACUCGAGCCAGGGAUUACGAUGCGAUGGACUAGAUUUGUUCAAUGCCCUGAAGGCGAAUUGCAAAAGCGUAAAGAAGUAGUUCAUACGGUAUCACUACACGAAAUCGAUGUAAUAAAUAGUCGAACACAAGGAUUUUUAGCUUUGUUUUCUGGUGAUACUGGGGAGAUUAAGCCAGAAAUUCGAGACCAGAUAAAUACAAAAGUUACCGAAUGGAGAGAAGAAGGAAAGGCCGAAAUUAUUCCUGGCGUACUUUUUAUUGACGAAGUUCAUAUGCUUGACAUUGAGUGUUUUUCAUAUUUAAACCGUGCGUUAGAAGAUGAGCGAGCGCCGGUGGUUAUUAUGGCAUCUAAUCGUGGGAUCACAAGAAUUCGAGGUACCAAAUAUAAGAGCCCACAUGGGAUUCCAAUCGAUUUGUUAGAUCGAUUAUUGAUUAUUAGUACAAUUCCAUAUGACGACAAUUCGAUCAAACAAAUCCUUACCAUUAGAUGUCAAGAAGAGGAUGUGACAAUGACUGAUGAAGCACGCGAUAUAUUAACAAAGAUAGGAAUGGAAACUUCAUUAAGAUACUCGAUACAUCUAAUUACGGCUGCUCAUCUGGUAGCCAAAAGACGGAAGGCAAGUAGUGUCGAUGUCGUUGAUAUCAGACGCGUGUAUAGAUUAUUCUUGGAUGAAAAAAGAUCUGUUAAUUAUUUGAGAGAGUUUCAAGAACAAUACAUGUUUAAUGAAGUUCCCGUUGAAAUGGAAGGUGUAGAAAACAAUAUUGUUGCAGAGAAUCCUGAAGCAAUGGAAACUUAG